AUGACCGUUUGGAGUGGCCCUUCCUUCUUCUCGCUAUGCAGGCCUUGGGAUUUUCCCACCAAGUGUGCGACCUUAUGUACAGAUCUUUCUCCAACAUUUGGUACACAUUCAAUUAAUGGAGCGACGCACGGGCACUUUAAAUCUUCCAGAGGAGUAAGGCAAGGCGACCCUUUAUCACCUCUUAUUUUCAUCAUCACCCAAGAAAUUCUCACCUUAAACAUCAAACAUCUAGAAGAGCAGGAACUCAUGAAAAUGUACAAAGUCCGACACGGCUCACUCUCUAUAUCCCAUCUUUUCUACGCAGAUGACAUGCUGUUGUUCACCAACGAAAGUAAAAGGUUGGUGCAGGCCUUACGAAACAUGCUCCAUAAAUACGAAGCUUCUUCAGGACAUCUUAUUAGUUUGGAAAAAAAUAGUUUUUACACGUCCAAGGGAUUGGAUGCGAGAAAAUUCCAAAAGAUCAAGGAAUGGUCAGGUUGCUCGCAUAAAAAUAUGCCUCCUAAAUACCUCGGAGUUCCUAUUUAUAAAGGUCCCUGCCUGGUUAAGCACUUUGACUAUUUGGUCCAACAAGUGCAAAAUCGCCUCGAGGGAUGGCAGUCCGAAUUCCUUAAUUUUGGCGGGCACAUUAUUUUCGUUAAAUUGGUUUUGUAUAGCCUUCCCAAUCACACCUUGUCAUCGGAUUUGGUCCCAAAGCAGGUUCUUGAUCGCAUGGAAAGGCUGUUCUGCAAGUUCCUCUGGGGUAAACAAGAUCGUAAGGGCAUUAACUAG